AUGGCACCAUCUCAGCCAUCAAAAUCCGAUUUGGAAAAACAAUACAUGUCAUCUACCAGCAGUCCAAAAGCAGAUAUAAAAUCUAAAAAGCCAAUUGCUGUCCCUCAGCCUAGUUCAAGUAUCCUCCUCAUCUCACCUCAAAACCAAAUCCUUCUCCUUCACCGUAUUCGAACCUCCAGUGCCUUUCCAUCGGCCCACGUCUUUCCAGGUGGAAACCUUGAUCCCUAUCAUGAAUCACCCAUUCCACCCCCUUCAUCUCCUUCUCGACAUAGAGAUUCCGAAGUUUAUAGAAUAGGAGCCAUCCGAGAAUGUUUCGAAGAAUGCGGGAUACUUUUAGCUCGUGCUUCUCAGGAUAAUGAAGCACAGAGAAAUGAUAAAGAGCCAGAUGAUUUAUUACUAGAAAUCCCGUCUUCGGAGCGCGAAAAAGCCCGCAAAGAAAUUCAUUCCAAGAACACAAAAUUCACUUCCUGGGUCCAAGAAAUAGGCGGGGAAAUCGAUACAGCUAAUCUUCUCCCUUUUACCCGCUGGAUUACACCAAGUAAUUUACCGAAAAGAUUUACAACGCAAAUGUAUUUAUAUUUCCUACCUCUAGACGCUGAGACGGGUAUUGGAGAAAAAGAAAAAAUGGUGCAAAUACCAAGAGACGAUGGAGGAAUCGAACAUACGGCUGCCGAAUUUGGAUAUUGUGAAGAUUGGUUAAAAAAGGCGAGAAAGAAUGAAAUUAUUCUUUUCCCGCCUCAAUUUUACUUGAUGAAUCUUUUGGUUCCGUUUUUGACUAAACCAGAUGAGGGAAAAAGGUUCUCCAGAGAUGAGUUAAAGGGGCAGAGGGAACGGGUUUUGGAAUUUUUAAAGGGAGAUGGAGGGGAUGGAAUGAGAGUGGAGUGGGGUGAGAAAGUUAUGAGUCCGAUUGGGAUGGGGAUGAGAAGGAGUGACGGAAGAGUGGUUUUGGGGUUGGAUAGGCAGGGACCGGAAUUGGAGGGGGAGGGCAGAAUUGGAGAUGCGACGAAGGUUAUGCUUGUUAGGUUUUUGAAGGAGGGACCGAGGGAUGUGGAGGUUAGGGGACGGAAGGAGGUUUUGGAGGAGGAGAGAAGGGGGAGGGUGGAAGCGGAGAAAGCGGGAGGGGCUAAGUUGUGA